AGCAAUAAUUUUUCCUUUUCCUGGAAAAGAUUUACGCAAUAAUCAUGUCAUCUCCGAAACGGAAAAGUAUGGAUAAGCCCGAAGGGAAGAGGACCAAAGGCCAAGGACAAGUCGGUGUGAAAGGAUGCUGCUGCAAAAGGUCGCAAUGCAUUAAAAACUACUGCGAUUGCUACCAGUCCAUGGCGAUUUGCACAAAAUUUUGUCGAUGCGUUGGUUGCAGGAACACGGAGGUUCGCAAGGUCGUGGACCCCAACUCUGGUGCCAAGAAUGCCAGUGCCGUGAAAAGGCAAAAAGCGGCUGCUAUGAGUGCCAAAGCAGCAGCUGCGGCCGCCAAGGAGGGCAUUAAUGUCCAGAUGAAGGUGCUCCAGGCAGGCGGAUCGGGAUUAGGGUUGCCCGGAAAACCCCUGGCCACACCCACACCCCUUGGCUUUGUAGCAGGCCAACAACCAUUGGCGGCUCCUCCCAUUAACAUAGCCGUACCUCGUCCCAUAGCUAUGGGCUCUGCUCCAGUCAAGAUAAUAAAGCCGGCAGUGGAGCCACUGCCGGUGGCUCCAGUCAUUCCGGAGAGGAAGGAUGACCGCAGGGAGCGUAACCUCUUCGUCCAGCCGGUCAACGCUUCUCUGCUGGAAUGUAUUCUCAUCCAGGCCACUGAAGCCGAGCAGUUGGGACUGAACGAACUCCAAGUGGGUCAGUUGGUUCUCGCGGAAUUCAUACGCGGCUACAAGGACAUCUUGGAAAAAAUCUGCGAAUACAAUAAAGAUUUUUAUUAAAUGUUUAGUUGUAUAAACAUA